CAUGGCGGAAUUACAUUGUAUCAGCAGUUUUCCCUAAACAACACUUUAACCUUUCAUAUGGAAGGUUAUUGACGAAAGAAUAAAGAAAUGUUUCACAAGCCUUUUCGAGUAAAAUCCAAUACUGCGAUUCGCGGGUCCGAUCGGCGGAAACUGAGAUCAGAUGUUAGCAAUGCUUUUCCCAAUUUAUCACAAGACAAAAUCACUGAAAUUAUUCCAAACAAAGAGGAAAUUUCAGUGAUGCGUCUUAUGACACAUUCUGGACAGAAUGUUACAGUUUUUUGUCUCAGUGGGGAACCGAUAUUCUUUGAAGUUGAAAAGAAAGUUUUCCCAACAGUUUAUACUCUGUGGAAAUUUCCUGACCUGCUUCUUAGCUUCAAAACAUGGCCCCCUGUUUUUGAAAAACUCCAGGGUGGAGCAGACCUAAUGCUUCCUGGUGUCAUCCUGCCCUCCGAGGGACUCUCAGCUGUGGGAAGAUUUGAGAGAGGUACACUUUGCAGUGUUUGUCUCAAGGGUAACAGAGCUUCUGUGGCCAUUGGAACAACAUUGGUGUCCAGUAAGGACUUGUUAGAGGAUGGAUUGAGAGGAAAAGGGGUGAAGAUUGAACACGUCUACCUUGACCUGUUAUGGGCACAUGGCAGUAAAACUCAGUUACCGCAGCUGGAGGAGAUAAAUGAUGAGGCUGAAAUUGCUGAUGUUAAUGAUCGUAUGGAAGAAUUGUCACUCGAUGAAACUAAGGACAUUAAUCAAAAGGAAGUUGAAGAGACUGAAAGCUCAGACGGCUUUGCUCAGAAAGAUGAUGAAAAGGAAGAUGAAAUUUCAGUUGAGGAAAGCAAUGGAACAGACCCAGUGGCAACAAGUGCUACAAAUGCAGACAGUAAUGAAGUUGAACAAGAAUUCCUAGAGUCUGAAAAUGAAACAAAUUCACAAGACAAACUUUUAGAGAAUAUGGAUGAUCUUUUAGAGUACUGUUUCUUUUGCGCCUUGUUGAGAAUGAAGAAAGUCGAGCUUCCUGUGUUGACCAGUACAUUUUUCAGGAGUUAUCUUUUACCUUCCCGCCCGGAGGGAAAGUCAUUGGAUAUCAAGAAAUCCUCCUACAAAAAAUUGUCAAAAUUCCUUCAAUGCAUGCAAGAGAGAGGUUUGAUAUCAGUACAGGAGGCGUCCAAAGGAGUCGAUCAUAUCACCAGUAUAACUUGGGACAAUCCAGAGCUGAAGGAUUUUAAAGUAAACGCGCCAGUUUUUGAAAGCGUCAACGAAAAAGUGAGCUCUACUUCUUCUUGCAGCACAGAGCCUCCAUGUAUCGAAGAGCUGUUUUCCGUAUCUGCAGCAUUGUUACCGAUAUUUUCCGAAUUUGGAUUCAGGAAAAAUGAUGUUUUAAAUCAUGCUGGUGUCCGGACGACCAUGACGAAUUACGUGAAAGCUCACAACCUUAUGUCAAAUGAGGACAAAAGAGUGGUUGUACUAGAUCCCAGCCUGACUAAAAUCCUCCUGAACAAAAACGAGAAUAUUGAAGUUCUUCCAUGGGAUCGGCUCUUCGAAAGAGUGUCGUCGAAAAUGAAUAACUGUCAUCGAAUAACACUUCCAGGCCAGGAGUCAAUAGUCAGGAAAGGGAAAAUCGAAUCUAUCGAAAUUAAAGUGGAACAAAGAAUGGGCAACAAAAAGGUUACAUUGAUCCGUAAUCUUGAAUCCUACGGGAUUGAUCCGCAAGAAUUUGCUCACAAUGUGCAAAUUAAGGCUGCAUCUAGUACUUCAGUUUCUCAGCUUCCGGGGAAACAUACUACGCCUGGAUUGCAGGUUUUAGUGCAAGGAAACCAAGUGGACAUCGUGGCGAAAUUUCUACUAGAUGAAUACAAGAUUCCUAAGAAGUACAUCAAUGGACUUGACUUACUCAAAAGCGGCAAGAAAAAGAAAAAAUAAAUCUGAUAAUAAUAUUAUUUUAAUUAUUAUGACAUAAAAUAAAUGAGCCUUUU